UUACAAUCCACUUAUCAAAACCCAUAAAUCAAACUAACAAAAUCGAAGAUCGAAACCUGAAAAUACAUAAUUUCCAUCGACAUGACGAGUUGUGGAUUGACGAUGCCAGCAACCGAUGCCACUCUCUUCGUCGUCUCACUUCCCUCCACCGCCAGAUUACCAAACCUGGUUCUCCGGGUCCGGCCUAAUCUGGGUCUCCCGUCAAUGGUGUCCUUCAGGAUGAGGGCCACCAUGAACGAAACCGCCUCCUCCGAGGAGAUGAGCUUCUACGAUCUGCUUGGGAUACCGGAGUCGGUGAGCUUGAGAGAUAUUAAGCUGGCUUACAAGCAGCUGGCGAGGAAGUACCACCCGGAGUCCUAGACGUCUCGCCGCCGGAUCGGGUCGAGGAAUACACCUAGAGAUUCAUUCGGGUCUAGGAGGCCUACGAGAGGCCGUCGGAUCCCCGAUAGAGGGCGCUCUAUGAUCGGGACAUGGCCAGAGGGCUUUACCUUGCCUUCUCCGCCAGGAGAUGGUCCUCAUACGACGAGGAAAUUGGUGAAAGACGA